CUGUAUUCUCAGCCUAAAAGGGGUUUGGGGGCUAUGAGAUAAAGAUGCCGGGGUCGCUGAGUAAUGAAGACGAGGGACAAGACGACAUGGAUUUUGAAGACGAUAUGCCAGAUGAGGAUGACGAAGGUGAGCGCAACACUGUUCCCCUCACGCCCCUUGACAGCUUCUUCUCUGAUGACGACUCCCUCAAGCAACAAAAGAAGAAGAAACCCAAAAAGAUGAAAGAGGGAAAAAUGCCCAAAGUUAAGAAGAGGAAAAAGGAGGGAGGAAUUCAGGCGAGAGUUGAUAGCGACCUGGAGGAGACUUCAGAGGUGGAGGAGGAACGGGAACGUCCAGAAAUAGGCUCUGAGAGCGAGAGCAGCAUGUAUGGCCCCACCAAAAAGAAGAAGAAGAAACCGAAGGAGAAGAAAGAGAAGAAGCCCAGGAAGAAGAAGAGAGAUGAGGAAGAUGAUGACGAUGACGAUGAUGAUGGUAACAUGAAAGAACCCAAAUCAUCCAGCCAGUUGAUGCAGGAGUGGGGUCUUGAAGAUGUUCAGUACGGCUUCACCGAGGACGACUACAAAACCAUCACCAACUACAAGGCUUUCAGCCAGUUCCUCAGGCCUCUCAUUGCCAAGAAGAACCCGAAGAUUCCCAUGUCAAAGAUGAUGACAGUGUUAGGGGCCAAGUGGCGAGAGUUCAGUGCCAACAACCCGUUCAAAGGCGCAUCUGCCACCGCCGUGGCCGCCGCUGUGGCUGCCGCUGUGGAAACGGUUACCGUGGCACAGCCAACGUCUGUCAGCAGCAGCCAGCCGAGCUCUCAGCUGGGGCCAAUCAAAAAAGCCAAAACCAAAGAGGGAAAGGGACCAGGAGUUAGAAAGAGAAGCAAGACUGUGAAGGAGGUGAAGAAGAAACCGAAGCCGAAGAAGACCAAAUCAAAGUCGGGCCAAAGUGGGAAGAAGAAGAAAGCGUCCUCGAGUGAGGAAGACUUCCUGGAGGAGUCCGACUUUGAUGACAUCAGCAUCCACAGUGCCUCCGUGCUUUCUGAUACCUCGGGGGCUGCCACCAAGAAAAAGGCCCGACGUGGGCGGAAAAAAAGGAAAAAGGAAGACGGUGAUGGCUAUGAGACAGAUCACCAGGACUACUGUGAGGUUUGCCAACAGGGUGGAGAGAUCAUAUUGUGUGACACCUGUCCCAGAGCGUACCACCUGGUCUGUCUGGACCCGGAGCUGGAAAAGGCCCCAGAGGGCAAAUGGAGCUGUCCGCACUGUGAGAAAGAGGGAAUCCAGUGGGAGGCCAAAGACGAAGAGGACGAUGAGGAGGAGGCCGCAGGUGAGGAAGAGGAUGACCACAUGGAGUUUUGCAGGGUGUGUAAAGAUGGAGGAGAGCUGCUGUGUUGUGACACCUGCCCAUCUUCCUACCACAUCCACUGCCUCAACCCGCCUCUCCCGGAGAUACCCAACGGGGAGUGGUUGUGUCCUCGAUGCAUGUGUCCUCCUCUGAAAGGUAAAGUGCAAAAGAUUCUGCAUUGGACAUGGGGAGAACCCCCACUGCCAGCAGAACUGCCUGCGGGCCCUGAUGGCAAGCCAAAUGAUCCACUGACCAAGCCCCCACUCAAGGGCCACCCAGAGAGGGAGUUCUUUGUGAAGUGGGCUGGCCUUUCGUACUGGCACUGCUCCUGGGUCAGCGAGCUGCAGUUGGAGCUGUAUCACACGGUCAUGUAUCGGAACUACCAGCGAAAGAACGACAUGGACGAGCCACCGCCGUACGACUACGGCUCCGGAGAGGACGAGCUCAACAGCGAGAAGAGGAAAAGCAAAGACCCCCAGUAUGCUGUGAUGGAGGAGCGCUUCUACCGCUAUGGCAUUAAACCAGAGUGGAUGGUUAUCCACCGGAUACUCAACCACAGCUUUGAUAAGGAUGGUGAUGUGCACUACCUGAUCAAGUGGAGGGACCUGCCCUACGACCAGUGCACCUGGGAGGUGGAUGAUUUUGACAUCCCAGAAUAUGACAGUCACAAAGCUUCUUACUGGGACCACAGGGAGCAAAUUCUAGGGGAGGACCAACGCCCUCUGGUGGUGAGGAAAGGAAAAAAACUCAAAGACGACCAUCCAAAAAGGGAGGUCCCUCCUGAUGCUCCCAUCAUUGAUCCAACCAUCAAGUUUGAGCACCAGCCGUGGUACAUUAACGCCACGGGAGGAACACUGCAUCCAUACCAGCUGGAGGGCCUGAACUGGUUGAGGUUCUCCUGGGCUCAGGGCACAGACACCAUCCUGGCUGAUGAGAUGGGCCUGGGAAAGACAGUGCAAACGAUAGUGUUUCUCUACUCGCUGUAUAAGGAGGGCCACUCGAAGGGCCCUUUCCUGGUGAGCGCGCCCCUCUCCACUAUCAUCAACUGGGAAAGGGAAUUUGAGAUGUGGGCUCCGGAUUUCUACGUGGUGACGUACACCGGGGACAAAGACAGCAGGGCGAUCAUCAGGGAGAACGAGUUCACCUUUGAAGACAGCGCAGUGAAAUCGGGGCGCAAGGUGUUCCGCAUGAAAAAAGACACUCCAAUCAAGUUCCACGUGCUGCUGACAUCCUAUGAGCUGAUCACUAUAGAUCAAGCCAUUCUGGGCUCCAUCACCUGGGCCUGCCUGGUGGUAGACGAGGCCCACAGACUGAAGAACAACCAAUCAAAGUUUUUCAGAAUUCUCAACGGGUAUAAGAUCUACUACAAGCUGCUGCUGACUGGGACUCCUCUUCAGAACAACCUGGAGGAGCUGUUCCACCUGCUUAACUUCCUCACCCCAGAUCGCUUCAAUAACCUGGAUGGCUUCCUGGAAGAGUUUGCUGACAUCUCUAAAGAAGACCAGAUCAAGAAGCUCCACGACCUGCUUGGGCCACACAUGCUCAGGAGGCUGAAAGCCGAUGUCUUCAAGAACAUGCCUGCGAAGACGGAGCUGAUCGUCAGAGUGGAGCUGAGUCCCAUGCAGAAGAAAUACUACAAGUUUAUUCUGACGCGAAACUUUGAGGCUCUGAACUCCAAAGGUGGAGGGAACCAGGUGUCUCUGCUGAACAUUAUGAUGGACCUGAAGAAGUGCUGCAACCAUCCCUACCUGUUCCCUGUGGCUGCUGUGGAAGCUCCUGUUUUACCCAAUGGUUCUUAUGAUGGCAACCUACUGGUGAAGUCCUCAGGAAAACUGACGCUGCUUCAAAAAAUGCUGAAGAAACUCAAGGACGAAGGACACAGAGUUCUCAUUUUCUCUCAGAUGACAAAGAUGUUGGAUCUGCUCGAGGAUUUUUUGGAGUUUGAGGGUUAUAAAUAUGAACGUAUCGAUGGAGGAAUCACCGGAGGCCUAAGACAGGAGGCCAUUGACCGCUUCAAUGCGCCGGGCGCUCAGCAGUUCUGCUUCUUGCUUUCAACACGAGCUGGAGGUCUUGGCAUCAAUCUUGCGAGUGCAGACACUGUCAUCAUCUACGACUCUGACUGGAAUCCUCACAAUGACAUUCAAGCUUUCAGCAGAGCCCACCGUAUUGGCCAAAACAAGAAGGUUAUGAUCUAUCGUUUUGUGACACGCGGCUCAGUGGAGGAGCGGAUCACUCAGGUGGCGAAGAGGAAGAUGAUGCUGACCCACCUGGUGGUGCGGCCUGGCCUGGGCUCCAAAACUGGCUCUAUGUCCAAACAAGAACUGGACGACAUCCUCAAGUUUGGCACAGAGGAGCUUUUCAAAGAUGAAAUGGAGGCAGCUCGAACCAUGGGUGACAACAAAGAUGGCGAGGAGGGCAACGUGAUUCAUUACGAUGACGAUGCCAUCUCGAAGCUGCUGGACCGCAGCCAGGAUGCCACUGAAGACACAGAGAUUCAGAACAUGAACGAGUACCUGAGCUCCUUCAAGGUUGCUCAGUAUGUGGUGAAAGAAGAGGAUGGAGAGGAAGAGGUGGAGAGGGAGAUCAUCAAGCAGGAGGAGAACGUGGAUCCAGAUUACUGGGAAAAACUCCUCCGCCACCACUACGAGCAGCAGCAGGAGGACCUGGCUCGCAACCUGGGAAAAGGCAAACGCAUCCGAAAACAGGUCAACUACAAUGAUACGACCCAGGAGGAUCAAGAAUGGCAGGAUGAUCUUUCAGACAAUCAGUCGGAGUACUCUGUGGGGUCCGAGGACGAGGACGAAGAUUUCGAGGAGAGGCCUGAAGGUGGGCGCAGACAGUCUCGUCGGCAGCUCAAGAGUGAGAAAGACAAACCUCUGCCACCCUUACUGGCACGUGUUGGGGGCAGUAUUGAGGUCCUGGGGUUCAACGCUCGCCAGAGGAAGGCCUUCCUCAAUGCCAUCAUGCGCUGGGGCAUGCCUCCCCAGGACGCUUUCAACUCCCAUUGGCUGGUUAGGGACCUGAGAGGGAAGAGUGAGCGUGAGUUCAGGGCCUAUGUGUCUCUGUUCAUGAGACAUCUAUGCGAGCCGGGGGCUGAUGGAGCAGAGACCUUCGCUGACGGAGUCCCACGUGAGGGACUGUCUCGUCAGCAUGUUCUCACCAGGAUCGGGGUUAUGUCCCUCGUCAGGAAAAAGGUGCAAGAGUUUGAGCAUGUAAAUGGGAAGCUGAGUUCUCCAGAUCUGAUUCCCAUUGGAAUGGAGCUGAAGAAACUGACAGAGAGUGUAUCUUCUGAUCCCAACACCCCUGUGCCAGCCAGCCCUGUGGCUACGCAGCCCGGCACCCCCAUCCCACCAGAGAAGACUGAGUCUCUCUUGGGUACUGCUGAGGACAAGGAGACCACAGAGCAAGAUAACAAGAAACUGUCAGAGCAGGAAGUGAGUCCUUUUUUUCUCCCACUACCCAUCACUUUCAUUCUCACAGAGCCAGCAUCUGUACCGGAGAAGGCAGCUGACAGUGAAGAGAGCAAGGCCAGCUCAGAGGAGAAAACAGGGGAUGAGAGGGACAGAACCGAGUCGCCCUCCACAAAGACAGAGCCAUCUGCUAACCCCAAAGAGUCCGCUUUGAAACAGACAGAGCUGUCAUCCAGUCAAACCUCACCUAAAAUGGAGUCCUGCAGAGAAACAGAGAAGUCCUCAGACAAAGCGGAAACUGAUUCUCCUCUGGCAAAAACUGAAGACAAGGAAAAUAAGCCAGAUGAUGUAAAGAGUGAAGACGCGUUAGAGGGCCGAUUAAAUGGAGACAAAGACACUUUGGAUGAGAUGGACGAGAGCAGGAAGGAGGAUAAAAAUGGAUUCAAAACCAAGUUCAUGUUUAAUAUUGCUGAUGGAGGUUUUACAGAGCUGCACACCCUCUGGCAAACUGAAGAGCGAGCGGCUCUGUCUUCUGGAAAGAUGCAUGACAUCUGGCACCGUCGCCAUGACUACUGGCUGUUGGCUGGCAUCGUAACACACGGCUAUGCUCGCUGGCAGGACAUUCAGAAUGACCCACGUUACGCUAUUCUGAAUGAGCCCUUUAAGACUGAGAUGCAUAAGGGCAACUACCUAGAGAUGAAGAACAAGUUCCUGGCCCGCCGCUUUAAGCUGUUGGAGCAGGCUCUGGUGAUUGAGGAGCAGCUGAGGCGGGCAGCUUACCUGAACAUGACCCAGGACCCCAGUCACCCGGCCAUGGCUCUCAACACUCGUUUUGCCGAGGUGGAAUGUCUGGCAGAGUCCCACCAGCACCUGUCCAAAGAGUCUCUGGCUGGGAACAAGCCUGCCAAUGCCGUGCUGCACAAAGUGCUGAACCAGCUGGAGGAACUUCUGAGUGACAUGAAAGCAGAUGUGACGCGGCUGCCCAACAUGCUGUCCAGGAUCCCACCGGUGUCGGCCCGUCUACAGAUGUCUGAGAGGAGCAUCCUGAGCCGCCUCACCAGCCGAGGCAGCGAGCCUCCACCGCAGCAGCCUUUUGGCCAGGGUGGGUUUGGCUGCUCCCAGAUGUACAGCAGCAGCUUUGGUGGAGGAUUCAGAGGACCAGGUGGACAGCCCAUGGUCAACUACAGUCAGAUGCCUCUGGGACCCUACGUCAGUGUGUCCUCUAAUGGCCCCCCACCCCCUACAAGCCAUCUGGACAAGAAGACACUCGACUCCUUGAGAGACGUGGCUACGCCUGACCUCAAGUCAGGCAAACCUAGUGAUGUCAUCUGUAUUGAGGACUAG